CGCGCCUUCCGGAAGUGAUCUCCCGAGUCGCCUUCGACCUCUGCGCCGGGCUGGCGCGCCGGGCCUGGGGAAGGGGCGGGCGCGCCAGGGAUCCGAUGCGCGGGAGCGGAGGCCGAGAUGGCUUCGGCGGGAGGCGAGGACUGCGAGGGCGCAGCGCCAGAGGCAGACCGACCGCACCAGCGGCCCUUCCUGAUCGGGGUGAGCGGCGGAACUGCCAGCGGGAAGGAGGAGAGUUUCCAGGCGGGAAUCCCGCUUCUGUGUCUCCAGUCGACCGUGUGUGAGAAGAUCAUGGAGCUGCUGGGACAGAACGAGGUGGAGCAGCGGCAGCGGAAGGUGGUCAUCCUGAGCCAGGACAGGUUCUACAAGGUCCUGACGGCAGAGCAGAAGGCCAAGGCCUUGAAGGGACAGUACAAUUUCGACCACCCAGAUGCCUUUGAUAAUGAUUUGAUGCACAGGACUCUGAAGAACAUUGUGGAGGGCAAAACCGUGGAGGUGCCGACCUAUGAUUUUGUGACGCACUCAAGGUUACCAGAGACCACGGUGGUCUACCCUGCAGACGUGGUUCUGUUUGAGGGCAUCUUGGUGUUCUACAGCCAGGAGAUCCGCGACAUGUUUCACCUGCGCCUCUUCGUGGACACCGACUCCGACGUCAGGCUGUCUCGAAGAGUUCUCCGGGACGUGCGCCGGGGGAGGGACCUGGAGCAGAUUCUGACGCAGUACACCACCUUCGUGAAGCCGGCCUUCGAGGAGUUCUGCCUGCCGACAAAGAAGUAUGCUGACGUGAUCAUCCCACGAGGAGUGGACAAUAUGGUUGCCAUCAACCUGAUCGUGCAGCACAUCCAGGACAUUCUGAAUGGUGACAUCUGCAAAUGGCACCGAGGAGGGUCCAAUGGGCGGAGCUACAAGAGGACCUUUUCCGAGCCAGGGGACCACCCUGGGAUGCUGACCUCUGGCAAACGGUCACACUUGGAGUCCAGCAGCAGACCCCACUGAGGGGCUGCCAAGCCUCGGGGUAGGUCUCCCGCCCAGCAAUGUGUGUUCAGGGACUGAGCCUGGGGACGCCCACCCACACCCACUGCUUCCUUUUGGCACACCCCAGGGGGGUGUUAGCAGCGAGGCCUUCCUCAGGACUGGAAACUCAGAUGUGUCACUCAGACUCAACUUGCCGGGACACUGGCAGGCGUUCCUGAGGUUUUCAGCCACUUCCUCAGGCUCACUGCGGUUUAAAGAUCUCUCGAGGUCACUGAGAAAUGCCAGAGUGUGCGGGAAGCCUAGGAGGCUUCUGUGAGGAUUGAGGCACAUAUUAUUGGGGAAAGUGAGGAGACCGCCUGGACACUGUGGCUGGCUGGUGUUUUGUUGACAGUGAACCCACAGGGGCAGAGUUUUUCUCCAGUCUGAUCUGGUUCUUACUCACACACGUAACUCAAAAGUUUUGUGAACAAGUACUUUCCUUUUUUACACGUUACAUGUCCUCGUUUUCUGUUUUGUUCUGUCGCAUAACACAAGGCUGCUUGUGGCCUACAGACCUCAUUUCGUGACCCGGCGGUCCACAGGCCAGCGUGGCCUGCACGGGUGUGGCGAGCCGCUGAGGGAUGUUUUCCCUCCUUGCUUGUGCCUUAAAGGCAGAGAAGCGGCGGCGCCCCGGGAGCGCCCAGCCUCAUGUGGGGCCAGGCCGGGAGCCCAUGCAGCAGGGUGGAAGGCAGCGGAGGCCAGUUCUGUCCCGGCUGAAGAGCAGUGUCCAUGCACAGUCCCGCCUGGGGUCGGGCCCUUGCUGACCCUCACGGGAGCCCCCAACGUGCUGUCUGGACAGGCUGUCCCACGCCGGGGUGGCUGGCGGCCAUGUGCAGGGAAUGGUGCCUCUGGCUGUGGCACGCACUAGAUCACCCAGGUCCCAGCAGACAUGGCCGCCUGAAGUCAGUGCGCCGCCUCUGGGCUGUAUGGAGCUCGCGGCCUCCUGUGUGAACACCCGUGUCUGGGUUGCCUGGGUUGAUCCUCCCGCAUGGGGCUGUCUCUGGGAAGCGUAACUUGCUGCUGCCACAGGCAGCCCCAGCCCCCGUCAGUCCAGGCUCACCCACACUAGUGACGCAGACAUGGCGUGGGUGAAGGGAGCUGUGCUCUGUGGCUGGGUUCUGACAACGGUAACGGUUUGGUCGAGCUUAGGCCCCUUUGGAGGGAGAAUCAAUAAAUAACACCAACUACAAAUGCCA